GUCUUCACUGGGCGUUCCCAUCGAGAGCGGGAGAGAGAUGGCGAGAGGCCUAAUCAGUCCCCCGAGAUCCUUCGCUGGAUCACCCAGUCGUCCCCUCGCUGAUGAUCUCCACUUUUACAUGUCACAGUCCCGGCGGCCCACGGCCUCGUCGGUGGCCGAUCCCUCCGACCACCGGACUCCGCCCAGAACUAGAACUUCCCAGCGGCGGCACACGGCGGAGAAAAAUGCUGACGACCUCCAGAAUUAUCUGAAGAAAUUAGACCGCAACAACAACAAUUCCAGCACCAAAACCACCGCUAAAAUUAGCAGUAGCAGACCAUCCAUAUCCCCGCGUAAUGGGCUUGAGAUUGAACAACCGCGUGGGCCCACACCAAUUUCCCACAACGCUGCUCCAAAACCAAAACCAGCCCCAGCCAUUGAUUCCCCUGCUCCUGAUGCUAGUACUGCUAAUAACGCCAAUCUCAUCGCUCCAAAAUUUUUUGAUUCUCCACAUAAUUCUUCUCCCACCCAUUUAUCCAUCCAUGGAUCGGGUCAACGCCAAAAUAUUAACAACGUCGGUAGUAACGGUGGAGCCUCUCACACUCCACUUGCUCAUCCUCAACUUAACAGUAACUUACACAAGCUUUCUGGUGACGGUGACGCUUGUGUUGAAAUCCCUAUAUAUAUAGGUGAAAUUCCUAUAUAUGUAGGUAAACAUGUCGCGAACAUUGUCCUUCGUGAAAACUCCAUAUAUAAACCAGUGGGCUCGAAUACGAAACAAGAAUGGUCUUCUCAAAGCAAUGAUUCGGAAAUAUUCCAAAUUUACAAGGGCUUCGCAUCUCAUCGUCAAAAAAGUUCAUCCGUUACAUCUUACUUCAAAAAGCUAAAGAUAUUAUGGGACCAACUUCGAAAUUACAGUGAUCUUCCUCAAUGUUAUUCCUUGGGUGCAAAGCAGAAGUUGAGUGAGCAUGUGGAGAGAGAAAAAGUUAUACAAUUUCUUGUGGGGUUAAAUGAUUCAUAUUCCACCAUCGUCAGCCAAAUCCUUCAAAUUCGGCCUCUUCCAACGGUGGAGAAAGCCUACUUUCUUACAAUCCAAGAAGAAAAACAGAGGGCAUUGAAUUCACCGUUGAAAUUGUUGCAGCAAAAGUAAUGCAAAAUAAGUGGCUUCUUCAAAAUGAUUGGUCGAUACAAUGAAUCAAUGAUGUUAUUGAAGAAGUUAAUAGUAAUGUUGAGGAGCAGAAAGUUGAUCAAAAUGAAAGUGGAACCCAUAAUGAUGUCGCCUUCUCCAUACAACCCUCAGCGAUGUUGAAUAUUUUCAGCUCAAACAAGUUUCAUGUGUUUUUUUUUCUUCUUUUAUCCAUAGGAGAAUUGUUUGUUUUCGGCCUAGCUCAUAUAUAGGUUCAUUAUUUCUCAAUUACAUAAAAUUUGUUCUUUUUAAGGA